UAGAACGACUGUGUCUUUGGCGAUGGCGGGCCUUGGAUCGCUCUUUUCAACAUCUAGAAGCUGGUGAGGAAGAUUCAUCGUCGCAGCGCAAAUGAAUCCCACGCAACAAGCUCGUGAGCGGCCGGCCCUCGCCAUCAUCUUUCUGUGCUCGCCCCAAAUUUCGUCGCGGCGAGCUCGAGAUGGAAGAUCGAUCGAGAAAUGGGGUGGAGCAGCCGGUGAUCGGGCAGGAUAGCAACAGGAAGCUCCGGAUCUUGAGCAUCGAUGGCGGUGGAAUGAGAGGAAUCAUCCCAGCCCAUAUGCUGGCCUACUUGGAAACGGCUCUCAAGGAGAAGAGCCACAAUCCAGACGCUCGCAUCGCCGAUUUCUUCGAUCUGGCGGCUGGAACCAGCGUUGGGGGACUCAUUGCCGUGAUGCUCUUCGCAUCAUCCGACUGCCGCGAUGAUCAAGACGAAGAAAUCUCCUCCUCCUCCUCAUCGUCCACGGGAGAUCAUCAAAACCACGGUUCUAAGUCACUACGUCGGCCUCUCUUCACGGCCGCAGAGGUUUGCACGUUCAUCUCGGACAGAGGCAAGGAGAUUUUCAAGAUCCCAUACCCGCAGCGAGUGUUUGCAAAGGUCCGAGGGAUCAUGACACCCAGGUACUCCACCAAGUUCUUCGAGAGAAUCCUCAAGCAGCACUUGGUCCGAGGUGGUGGCGAUGGCAGAGAUCUCACACUGGAUGACACGCUCAAGCCCAUCGUCAUUCCCUGCUACGAUCUCACAAACGCCAGCGCCUUUUGCUUCUCGCGAAUCUCCGCCAACUUCAAGCUCUGGGAGGUUUGCCGGGCUACCACGGCGGUUCCAUCGUUCUUCAAGCCCAUCCACGUCUCGUCCGUGGAUGGAAAGCACGAGUUCACGGCAGUCGACGGUGGCCUGGUGGUGAACAAUCCCACCGCCGCGGCGAUCACGCAUGCUUUGCACGACAAGGCUCGCUUCCCGGGUGUCCGAGGGGUGGAAGACAUGCUCGUUCUAUCGCUCGGCACCGGACAGUUUGAUCAAACUUACCGCUACAACAAAGUGGAGCGGUGGGGAGCUUUCCAGUGGGCCAAACCCAUUGCCAAGAUCAUCAUGGACGGAAUCUCGGACAUGGUGGAUCACACGGUCAGCAUGGCGUUUAGCAAGCACCGAGAGAAUUACGUGAGGAUUCAGAUGUCUGGCUUGCCGGGCAAAGCUCUCCUCGCAAUGGACGAUCCAAGCCAGGCCAACGUGAAGACACUAACCGAGAUUUCUACUCGGCUCUUGGACCAAAAGAGCUCGGAACACAUCCCGUUUAACGGGCGAAGAGUUUUGGAAGAGAGUAAUAGACAGAAGCUGGACUGGUUUGCCGAGCAACUCGUGGCAAACACUCCAUCGUGAUCGAUUGAAUAUAGUUUCUUAUAUACAGGAUC